AUGUUGCCAAAGAUGCUGGCCUCUCUCCACUUCACCAAGGUUGAUCUGGGUGACGUCCCAAUUCAGGUGUCGAAUGUGCUUGCCACCAAGACUGCUACCCGUGGCAUCAAACUGGAUAUGGAUGUCCUAUGGUCGGGCAAUUGUGAUAUCCAGCUGGACGGAAACAUGAUUCCACAGCUGGACUUCACCGGAGCAGCCAACGUUGCAGAUUUCUCCCUCAUCGACAAAUCCGUCCGGAACGUCAUUCUCAGCGUCAUCAACAGCAUGCUCACCCUGCCCAAUCGACUCUACAUCAAGAUGGACGUCAACAACGACUACUUCCUAUCAUAUCUCGAGCCUCUAGGCGUCAUCCGCAUAACAGUCGACAAAGCUUAUGGCUUUGCUGAAGAAGCAAAGGGCAAGGUUAAGCACUUCUUCUCCAAGAUCACUCGCGCGGCUCCAGACUGCUACGUCAAAGUCGAGGUUGGUGCUGAGCCGGAGUGGAAGACGACGAUCAAGAACAAUACCACAAACCCAAUAUGGAACGAAACACACGACUUCGUGGUCUCUGAUUAUGACCAGUGCAUCAAGCUCGAUGUUGAGGACCAGGAUGUCGGCGGCGAUGACGAAGUCGGUCUCGGUGCCACCACAGUCGAGGAGAUUCUUCGAUCUGGAGGCCGCAAAGAACUCUCCCUCCUCCGCAAAGGCGAACAGAGUGAGGGAAAAGUUGCUCUCACCGCGCAGUUUUUCAAGUUCGAACCCGAUGUCACAAGCUUCUCUGCGCCUGACCACAACGCUGCGGGUCAGGUAUGCGGUGUAGCUGUCGUACUUAUCGCCGGCGCCUCUGGUAUCAAGGGACAGCGCGAGCAGCUCCAUCCAAGUGUCAAAGUCACCUUGGGCCAAAAGCAUCAUUUUCAGACUGCUAUCUUGGCCGAUGCGCCGGGUUCCGAUAUCAGCAACCCAGCCUUCGAUUCGAACUUUCGCAUCCCCAUCACUAGCGAUAUGGUCGGUGCUGGCGCGGAGAGCUUCCGGAUUACACUGUUUGAUAAGGAGACAGAGAUUGGGGCUGUGGAGGUACCCUUCACAGAUGUGGUGAAGGCUCCGAAUAUGAUCUUGCAGAACAAGUUCGAUGUUGGUAAUGGGACGUUCGUACGUGCUAGCGUCAUGUUGAGAGGCUUGCGAGCGGCUGCUAUCGAGGAGCUUGAAUCUCGCGGGAAGUAG